ACCAUUCACUUUACAAGGUCAGAAUUCGGUUCCCCGGAAACCGAAUUCUGACCUUCAUUUUGUCCUCCUCGCCGGCGUGGGCUGCCAGAAUUCGGUUUCCGGAAACCGAAUUUCGGGCAGCCAAUAUUUCUUUUUUUUCCCUCCUCCUCCUCUACCUCUACCUCUUAUGGACCCUCGCCCCCGUCGUCGCCAUCCUCGAAUCCUCCUAGGCUGCCCGCCCCCUUGUCCGCGGCAUGGCCCCUAUCGCCGCCUCCUCCAUCCUCUUCUUCUCCUUCCUCCAGGCUCUCCUCUUCUUCUCCACCUCCCUCCUCGCCAAUGCCGACCACCACCUCAACCGCUUCGCCUUCCUCCUCCGCAUCGUCCUCACCUCCACGCUCCUCGUGCUCCUCCUCCUCUACAACGCUACUGCCGGCACCAUGCUCUACAUGUACUGCAAGGCUGUCCACGGCGAGCUCGUUGCCGACAUUGUUGAUGAAUUCGCCUGCCAGUACGUUUCCCUCCCCCUCGCUGUCGGCUGCCACUCCUCCGGGGUCACUCCCGGCAGCGACAACUCCCUCACUGUCAUUGGGAUCAUCUCAAAUGCCGGCGUUGUCAUCGAACGAAAUGAGGCUGUCCGGAAACCGAAUUCUGGCAGCCCGCGCUGGCGGGGGAGGACAAAAUGAAGGUCAAAUUUAGUUUCUCGGAAAUCGAAUUCUGAACUUGUACAGUAAAUGGUGCUAGUUAGGGAAUUAAAGUGUAUAGGGUGCUAUUUUGGUAUUUUUUAAAACAAAAGUUAAAUUCAGUAAAAAAUUCUCCUAAUGAAGGUUCAGCUCUGGCGGUCAUAGAUGAAGAGUAGCAUAUUUUGGAAUCAAUGGAUGUUGAUGUAGUUGAACGAUCUGGUGCCACCAAGGAAGAACAGAGUAUAACUGAAGACAAGGCCUUCCAAAUUUACAGGAGCAUAAAAUAAUAAAUAUAUCCCUAGUUUCAAAAAACUUUAAAUGGGCAUAAUAAUAUGGGAAAAGAACAAGCAGCGAAGUAGAAUUUGGAAUAUUAAAUGAAUCGAUAUGUUGAUAUAUCGAGUGUGUU